UGAAUCAUAUUGAGAAGGUCUGAAUAGGGAGGUGUGACGUAAAGAGGGGACACAAACGCAGGUGCUUAUCUCUAGGCAGUCAAAGGCACUAGAUGUCAUAUCAUGGGAACUACCUUUCAAAGGCACAGCUUUAGUGCACAGUUCAGCACACAAGGGAAGAGAAAUAUAUAAGUUUGGGCAACCAAAAGAAAAGAAUGAAUUUUUGGAUUAUCUGUUAAGUCAAACAAGACAUUUUGGUCCGAGAGACGGAUUUGGUCAUUUGGAAUUUGCACAUAAUUUUGCUCCGAAGCAAGCAAAGAUGGAUGCAGAUGGUGAAGAUAAAAAGCUACGCACACGUUCAAGAGGAACCAAGGCACACGUGGAUUCGAUAGCACAGGAGCUCAGUGCCUACAAGAACUCCAUGGCAAAGAAGAGAAAAGCUGAAGAGCAGAUUUUGGGCGUUCCAGUCAACAAAAGGAAGUCUCUGUUAAUGAAACCCCGUCACUACAGUCCAAGUGUGGAAGGAAAAGGGGAAAAUGAGGACAAGACUGACCUGCAAGACAACAGCAAUGAUCUCAAAGCAGAAGAGACUAAUAUAACACCAGCAAAAGCUACCCCUAAUUUGGAUGUGCAAGAAAAUGAUCAAAUGACGGACAAUUACGCCAGCUACCAGGACCUAAUGGCCAAAUCUUUAAUUAACUUUGAAAAAACAGAGAAAGAAACUCCAGAUCCCCCAGAGAAUAAUAAACUGAGUGACAGUAGCAGCAAGUCCUUAGAAAUGGAGAAUAACAAUGUUGAUGAAUGUUACAUGAUUAACUCAUUAGUAAGAAAAGACAGAAUUUGUGUUUCGGCCCCACAGUUCUGCUCCUCUGAGGAUAAUGAAAGUAGUUCUGAAAUUCUGGACAAUGAAUGGGAUAGCUCCUCAAAUUUCUCUGAAGAGAUAAGCGUAAAACUUCCUCUAAAUACAACAUAUAUUGUAGGAUGUAAUCAGCAAGAUGUCUUAAAAGUGCCAGGGGUCAAAACUGAAGAAGCAGAUUUCAACAACUCUGAAACCAUUUGUGACUCAGAUACAGGGCCACAAGAAUCACAGGAGUCACAUGUUGAAUCUUUUAGCAACAGGAGUCAAAAUCCAUUUCCAGACAGCGAGGAAGAUGAGUGUCUAUCAGAAAAUACAGAAAUGUCAUUUGACUUGGAUAAAACAAAACAUAACUUGAGCUUGCUGGAACGAGCAAUAGCUCUGCAGGCAGAGCAGGGCCAUGUCUUUCAUAGCACCUACAAAGAACUGGACAGGUUCUUACUAGAGCAUCUUGCUGGUGAAAGAAGACAAGCCAAAGUGAUUGAUCUUUGUGGUAGACCAAUUUAUAACAACAAACAUUUGCCUAGGCCUGAAAAGAGAGAGACCAAAUGUCCCAUUCCAGGAUGUGAUGGCACAGGGCAUGUGACCGGAUUGUAUCCACACCACCGCAGUCUUUCAGGCUGUCCACAUAAAGUUAGAGUGCCACUUGAAAUCCUGGCAAUGCAUGAAAAUGUUUUAAAGUGCCCCACUCCUGGGUGUACAGGAAGAGGACAUGUCAACAGCAACCGCAACACUCACAGAAGUCUUUCUGGUUGUCCAAUUGCUGCAGCUGAAAAAAUGGCAAUGUCUCAGGAAAAAAAUCAGCAUGAGUCUCCCAAAACAGGGCAGUGCCAUGAUCAGGUCCACAGAACAAACUUGGUGAAGCAACUUGAGAUAUCUCAGUAUAGCUGCCGAUCUGCUCAACCAGCACCAUCCCCCAGAACCUCCUUCAUAAGAGAGCAAGAGAAAUGUGGGAAAGUACCAUUUGACUAUGCUAGCUUUGAUGCUCAAGUCUUUGGCAAACGUACAUUGGUGCCAGCUAUGCAAGGACAAACCCCCUCACAGUUCCUUGAAUCAAAGCAUUUUUCAAAUCCAGGGAAAUUUUCUAAUCGGCUGCCUAGUGCUAGCGCCCACACACAGAGCCCUUGCCAUGCCAACUCUUAUGGCUACGGUCAAUGUAGUGAAGACACCCACAUAGCAGCAGCUGCUGCAAUCCUGAACCUUUCCACCCACUGCAGGGAAGCAGCAGAGAUCCUCUCCAACAAACCACAGAGUCUGUCUGCCAAGGGAGCUGAUAUAGAAGUGGAUGAAAAUGGCACCCUGGAUUUGAGCAUGAAAAAGAACCGGCACCAAGAAAAGGGUACUCCGCUAACGUCUUUCAGUACAACAGUCCCCACUCCUGCCUCUUCUCCCUUCAAAACAGGCAGCAUUCUGGUCAAUGCCACCUUCUACCAGGCGUUGUGUGAGAAGGAAGGAUGGGAUACGCCAAUCAACUAUAGCAAGAGCCAGGCGAGAAAGGGGGAGGAGAAAGAGAAAGAUCCUGUGAGCUGUCCUGAAAGCCUGGAUGAAAAAAGAUACUCAGAUGUCUCGGUUCCUAGUCCAAAAUCUAAGCUCCAUUCAAGAGAUCUCAAAAAGGAACUGAUCACGUGUCCAACGCCAGGAUGUGAUGGCAGUGGUCAUGUGACAGGAAACUAUGCAUCGCACCGCAGUGUUUCUGGCUGCCCGUUGGCUGACAAGACCUUAAAAUCCUUGAUGGCUGCCAACUCUCAAGAGCUUAAAUGUCCAACUCCAGGAUGUGAUGGGUCUGGUCAUGUCACUGGAAACUAUGCCUCACACAGAAGCUUGUCUGGUUGUCCCCGAGCCAGGAAAGGUGGUCUCAAAGUGACUCCUACCAAGGAAGAAAAAGAAGACCCUGAACUUAAAUGUCCGGUGCUAGGCUGUGAUGGCCAAGGUCACAUAUCAGGUAAAUACACUUCUCAUCGCACUGCUUCGGGUUGUCCUAUGGCUGCCAAGAGACAGAAGGAGAGUCCUCUCAAUGGGUCUUCGCUGCCCUGGAGACUGAACAAGCAGGAGCUGCCACACUGUCCUUUGCCAGGCUGCAACGGGCUGGGUCAUGUUAAUAACGUUUUUGUCACCCAUAGAAGUUUGUCUGGAUGCCCUCUGAAUGCACAAGCCUUAAAAAAGGGCAAAAUAUCUGAAGAACUGAUGACCAUCAAAUUGAAAGCAAGUGGAGGUUUAGAGAAUGAGGAGGAAAUCAGACAUUUGGAUGAAGAAAUAAAAGAACUGAAUGAAUCCAACCUUAAAAUUGAAGCUGACAUGAUGAAACUUCAGACACAGAUAACAUCUAUGGAGAGCAAUCUGAAAACGAUAGAAGAGGAGAACAAACUUAUCGAGCAGAACAACGAGAGCCUCUUGAAGGAGUUGGCUGGCCUCAGCCAAGCCCUCAUCUCUAGUCUGGCCGACAUUCAGCUUCCACAAAUGGGCCCAAUCAGCGAGCAGAAUUUUGAAGCAUAUGUAAAUACACUCACAGAUAUGUACAGCAAUCUGGAACGGGAGUAUUCCCCGGACUGCAAGGCUCUGCUGGAAAGUAUCAAACAGGCAGUGAAGGGUAUCCAUGUGUAGGAUGAGGAAGCUGCUGGGCAACAGGAGUGACUUAGCAGCGGCAAACUCCAGAUGAAUCUGCAAAGAGCGCCUGGACUGCUUUAGGAGUAUUUGUUUCUGUGCUGCAUUUACAAUUUACAACAUUGCACUAUUUUUUUUCCAGCUGACAUAAAAAGGACAGAGAACAUAACAGACUAUUGUAUUAACAGCAAUGACUCAGAUCAUAGAAUAUAUUUAUUUCUGUACAAAUCCUUUUUGUUGUCAUCAUGGUUUGCACUCUUUUCAUUUUGUAAAGUGAAUGUAAAAAGUGUGUGUAACUAUUUUUUUACUUUUUUAAUUUAUUUUGAAUCAAUGAGUUGUGUGCGUGCGUGUUGUUUUAAUUUUUUAACAGCAUUUCUGCAACCUGCCAUAUUUUUACAAAUGUGUUUGUUAAUUUAUUUUCCAAUGGGGUUUUAAAACAGAUUGAAAGUUAUAGUGUAAAUUUAACAUUUUGCUGGGUUUGUAUAGGAAGAAGGGGGAAAUCUAUGAAAGAAACAAAAAUAACAGAACUGUGAUUCUAGUUUUAUUUUCACCACAUCCUGCUUUUUUAUAACAGCUUUAUUUUAACAAAAAAAAAAUUCAAAAAGGUUUUCAAUAGCAUGAGAUAUGAUGAACCAAGGAUGCAAAGGUGAGUGGUGCCCUCUGCUGGAAGAAUAUAAGCUCUUCAAGUGCAGCAUGUUGUAAGAGUUCGUGAUUAUUAUUUUUUAGCAAUAAUGAAAUAUAGCAAUCAGCAAACCUUUGGACUUGGCUGUGUGUCUUAGCCUGCCCCAAAUAAUCCUUAGAAACCAUUCAAGGGAAGGUUAGAGAGAUUUAAGAUAUGUUUUCCCCUAUUUCAUGGUCAUUCAUUGGGAAAAUAUAUAUAUAAAUUUUAUCCCUUUUAAUGUGAUAGGCUUUGAAAUGACCUGUGGCUUCCCCCCCCCCCUCCUUUUUGUACAGAGCCUUGUAAAAACAUUGGUCAGUUGAUCAAUAUCAAUAUAGUUUCAUAUUGGAAAAAUGCAUCCCAAGCUGAUGAUUUUGUACAUAUAAUUAAGCCGAGCAAAUCUUCCCUGAGAUGUCAGUUAUUGUACUAGGUUGAGUGGAAGGAACUGAGAAGGCUGCAGUUGCUUUUCUCUUCUGACAAGGGGGACUAAGCCCCACUGCUGUGAAAUGAGUUUGCACGGCAAUGGCGUUUGGUGACUGGAUCUAUGAACUGUAGCAAUGCACUGAUUGGGUUUACCUCUAAUUGUACACGAAUGCUGUGAUUCCGAGCAGAUUUACUGCAAGUUCCAUUAAGACUGCUAAGACGUAGCAUCUCAGAAAAAAAAAAGCCCUACUCCAGUAGCUCCAUUUGAACAUGCCGUCUACCUGCCAAGUCGAACUACUGGUCCAUCUACUUCAGUAUUGUCUACACAGGCUGGAAGUAUUUCAGACAGGCGACUUCCCCAGCCUACCUGGAAAUGCCAGGGAAUGAGCCUGGGACCUUUUUGUAUGCAAACGCUUGGCCACUGUGCAACGGCUCAUUCCCCCUAAAUGUGCAUCUCUGCUGCUUCGUGCAUGGAAGUGAAUGGGAAAACCUCUGCUUGAAAAAGAGAUCUGCAUACGUAUCAGAAUCCCAUGUUCCUUUGGAUCAGGUUGUUGCACGUGUUUGGAGCCGAGGUUUAAAGACAGCCUUACCAUAGUUGCAGUUGAUUACCAUCCCAUAAUAAGGGUAUGUCUCCAAGUGCUACAGUCCUUAGGCAGCCACUCAGAAAUAUGUGCACAUCCUAGGUGGACCUCUUGAUCACCCAUAUCCAUUCUCAGUUUAGUAAGCAGCUAUAAACAGGGGUCCAGUGUCUGUUUCAGGGAUUAGAAGUAAUAAUGCAUUUUUUCCAGAAUUCUAACGUUUUCAGAAGAAGGUAUAUAUACAACCAGCUGAACUGCCUUUUUUGGUAUGCACACACGUCUCAUGUGCAUAUGUGCCUCAAUGUAAAAUGUAUACAUGAAUCAAGCGUGUGAUUUAAUUUUCCUGUGCUAUGAUAAAAGUAUUUUUAUUUGCCUACUUUAUAUUUUGACUGAAUAUGAAAGCAUUCACAGUCUUCACUCGUACAUUUAUAUUAUAGGGUUCCUAUCCAAGAGUGCUUCUCCCCAAUCAUUCAGCUGUCAUGCUGUGGUUGCUGUUCUGCAUUAGGUGGAGCUUGCUGUUAAUGUUUGGGGGGGGGGGCG